GCUCCCUUUGUUGUAGCCGGAGCGGUGGCAGCGGCGCUGGUGGGCGCAGCGCACAAAGGAGCGAGCGGCCGGCGAGGGAGCGCAGCGGCUGCCCAGGGCGCAGGGACGCGCCGGGGGAGCCGGGAGGCGCGCGGGGGCGGCGCGGGCCGGCGGCGCCGGGUCUCUCGGGCGGUCCCGGCGGGGAUGCUGAGGGCUGGCUCCGGCCCGGCGGAGAAGGGACGGUCCCUGCAGGGCAGCGCUGCCGCCGGCUCCGAUUGAUGCCCUGGGCCUGCCGCUCCCAGCCGCCGCCGCCACCAUCCCGCUGCCGCUCCCCCCCCGCCAUGGUGGCGGAGAGCCCGGCCGCCGGCCGGCCGCUGCCGGGCCCCCCCCGGGCGUGGUGCUACACCUCGGUGAUCCUGGCGUUCGCCCUCGCCGCCCUGCCCCCCGGCCGCGCCUCCAACCUGCUGCCCGGCGGCGAGUGCCAGGGCGGCGGCAAGGGGAAAGGCAUCAACUGCUCAGGUUUCUCCCUGGAUAUUCUCUCUGAAUUAAAUGUAAGGGAGUCUGAUGUGAGAGCGUGUGAUGAGUCAUCAUGUAAAUAUGGGGGAGUGUGUAAAGAAGAUGGAGAUGGCUUGAAAUGUGCAUGUCAGUUUCAGUGUCAUACAAAUUACAUUCCUGUUUGUGGAUCAAAUGGAGACACUUACCAAAAUGAAUGCUUCCUCAGGAGAGCUGCUUGCAAGCAUCAAAAAGAGAUAACAGUGGUAGCAAGAGGACCUUGUUAUUCUGAUAAUGGUUCUGGAUCAGGAGAAGGGGAGUAUGAAGGAUCUGGAACAGAAGUUCACAGAAAACACUCCAAAUGUGGGGCUUGCAAGUACAGGGCUGAGUGUGAUGAAGAUGCAGAAAAUGUUGGGUGUGUAUGUAAUAUAGACUGCAGUGGGUACAGUUUUAAUCCUGUGUGUGCUUCUGAUGGAAGUUCUUAUAACAAUCCAUGUUUUGUUCGAGAAGCAUCAUGUUUGAGGCAGGAACAGAUUGACAUAAGGCACCUUGGACACUGCUUAGAAUCAGAUGACACCAGCUCAGUAGGAAAGAAAGAUGAUGGAAUGCAAUAUCGACCAGAGGUGAAAGAUGCCAGCGAUCAAAGAGAAGACAUUUAUAUUGGAAACCACAUACCUUGUUCAGAAAGCUUCAAUGGUUACUGUAUACAUGGAAAAUGUGAAUUCAUUUAUUCCACUCAGAAGGCUUCCUGCCGAUGUGAAUCAGGAUAUACUGGACAGCACUGUGAAAAGACAGACUUUAGUAUUCUUUAUGUUGUCCCAAGCAGACAAAAGCUUACACAUGUCCUUAUUGCAGCAAUAAUUGGAGCUGUACAGAUUGCCAUUAUAGUUGCAAUUGUCAUGUGCAUAACAAGAAAAUGCCCUAAAAACAACAGAGGACGUCGACAGAAGCAAAACCUAGGCCAUUUUACUUCAGAUACAUCAUCCAGGAUGGUUUAACAUGAUGAUUUUUAUACCUACAUUGACCAUGUGAUGUACAUUUUUAUUAUAUCUUUUUUUAAAGAAUGGAACUAUUUAUUUCAGAGGCCUUAUUUUUGGACAUUUUUAGUGUAGCCCUGUUGGUCUGUUGUAUUCUGAAAGCAUCAGCUCUAACAGCUAAGGACUGUUUUAGUAAUUUUCCUUUUAUGUUUUUGAAUACUGUAGUUCAUUUUCUGUAUCUGUAUCACAUGGUUAUAUAAUAGAUUUGUGCUUUAUUCAUGGAAUGUAAUAUUUUUGAGAACACAGACUUAUUUCACCAAUGGUUGUAGAUAAAAAACAAAAAUACGCCCACAUUACCUAGCAAACAAGGCAUGAACUAAAGGUAAAGAUGUUUACAGCUUACUUUUCUUACGAAAAACUAGGAGACACUGUGUUUAAAUACCGUAGAUAUUUAAAUGUUUUUGAAAGUUAGGAACUGAUUUUUUAGACACUGCCUAUCGCAUGAACUGUGAAGCUGUGUGCUGUGUGUAGUUGUAACAUAUUCAUAAGAUGUAUUGGCUGGGUCUAAGCACUACCGUCUUCAUAAAUAAUUCUGACACUUUAUUUUUAAAACAUAAAAAUAUAAAUUUCAUAAUCCAGUAGAGCAAAUGGCAUAGUUCCAAAAGACGUAGGUCUUGGUAGAUUUUGGUAUUGUAAAAAUCUGUGUUUGAAUAAUCAAACUCACAUGAUUGGAAUAAAGCCUACUUUAUCGCUGUUAAAACUGCUUUAAUACUUAUUAAACUUUUUUUAAGACAAUAGAUGUUUUAACACCAACAAGACAGAUUGUAUAGUGUUUGUGAUUUAAAAAAAUUAAGUUAAUUAAUGACUAGUGCUCUUAUAUAGAAUAUUUUCAAGAGCUAAAUAAAGUCCAUCCAAGCUAGUCUGCUGGUUAUAGUUAUAUUAAUAGACUGUUAGUUGUUGUUUAAAAGAUCCAGAGAUAGAAUGUGAGUAGGAUGUGUUCAGCUGUUUAACAUGUAGUUUAGGCUUUCAGAAUUCUGCAUGUAGGAUUUAAUAAUUUGUUCAAUAAAAAAAAUGCUUUCAACAUUUGAACUGGAGAAGCAUGUCACAAUACAGUGUUUUCAUUA